AUGGGAAGAGCUCCUUGUUGUGACAAAGCCAAUGUAAAGAAAGGGCCAUGGAGUCCUGAAGAAGAUGAAAAGUUAAGAGAGUUCAUAGAGAAACAUGGUACUGGAGGUAACUGGAUUUCCCUCCCACAUAAAGCUGGUUUGAAAAGAUGUGGGAAAAGUUGUAGACUCAGAUGGCUUAAUUAUCUCAGGCCAAACCUUAAGCAUGGCGAGUUCUCUGAAGAUGAAGAGAGAAUAAUCUGCACUCUCUUUGCUAGCAUUGGAAGCAGGUGGUCCAUCAUAGCAUCUCAGUUGCCAGGCAGGACUGACAAUGAUAUCAAGAACUACUGGAACACCAAGCUUAAGAAAAAAAUGAUGGGAAUAAUGAACCCUCCAACACUGAAGAAGCCUCAUCAAGUUACCCUUUCAUCCAUGCUUCAAAACCCAACACCAUCUUCAUCUUCCUCCUCAUCUUCAUUAUCAUUGAAAAACAAGCACAACUCUUAUUACCAACCACAUGUGCCUUUCACAGGCUCUGAGGCCAUUUCAUACUCAAGUCUUCUGAGUGGCAAUUCUUCUUCUACUCCACCUUUUUCCACUUUUGAGAGCCUUUAUCAAGUUAAUACUGCUUUUAUGUUAGGGGGUGAAACAAGUUGCAGUUCUUCUUCGGAUGGAAGCUGCAACAACAAUCAGAUCAAUAAUGUCAAAGAAGCAGAACUUGGAUAUGUUGGUGAUGGAGCUUUUGGUGACCAAAUGGGUGGUCUUAGUUACCUCUCUAGUGGGGUGGAAGAUACCCAAAAGUUGGUGUCCUCCAAUGCUGGUAGGGUUAGUGGGUGGACAGGUGAACAAAGUAGAUUAUGGGGAGAAAGUCCAUUAGACUAUGGUCUAGAAGAAAUUAAACAGCUAAUAAGCACAAAUAGUUGCAACAACUUUAUGUUUGAUGACAGCAAGACAGGGGAAAUGGUCACGUACUACUGA